GUGGUGUUACUUAUGGUGAUAUAAACACAGUGAUUGAAAGUCCAGCAAAUGAUGCUGAUGUUAUAAUCAAACGACCUUGGAGAGAUGGCACAACAGAGCCGGGGGAAGGUACUUUUGAAGAAUUAAAAAGCUUACGGCAUAGACGUGCUAGUGAAUUAAAUUUGCGAAGAACCU